AUGUAUCGAAUGGCAUGGUACGGGGGGCAGAAGGCAACCCUUGCUCUGGCGUUCACGCUGCUCCACUCCUGCCGGGGUGGCUUCCACGGCGGCGGAGGUGGUGGCCUCAUUAUCCUGACCACCGGAGGUGGCCAUGGAGGCGGCUUCGGUGGUGGCUUCGGCGGUGGCUUCGGUGGCGGCUUUGGUGGUGGCUUCGGUGGUGGCCACGGAGACACAUAUGUGUCGGGUCCUUCCUACGUAGUCAAUACAAUUCACCGCGUGAGCAAGCUCGACCAUGGCGGACACGUCCUUGGUCAAGUUGGACCCUGGAAGCCCUGGUGGUAG